AUGGCCGGCCUUGCUCCGUUUGGACGUGACGAUCAGCCUUUCUUUGAUGUGAAAAUUGUGGGUGGAAAACGAGUUGAAGUCGAAGUUGAUAAAUAUGGAAACCCCUUGAAGCAGGAAAGGAGCACUCAUCUACCAGGAACUCAACAGAGGGUGAGUCCUUCAGCUUUGUCAAGUGCAAGUCCCGCUAUAUCGUCAAGGGCAUCUGUUCCCCCGUGGGUAAACAGAGGCGACACACCUCCAAGAAAACUUUUAAAAUCACUGGAAAGUCCUGAAGACGGGAGUCACAACUCCGCACAAGGUCUUCACAGAUUUUCUUCGCCAAGUUCUCAUGCUGUUUUACCGCCGAUAAAAAAGUCUUUAAAUUCGGGUGUAGAUGACGAAAGCAAGACCAAGUCUUUGGCUUCAAGAUUGAAUUCAGUCUUGUUAGGGUUUGACACUUUGAGACUUAAAGAUACCUAUCUUAGCUUCGCGGGCUUUGACUCGACUUUGUCGGGUUUUGUGUCUGCAGAGCAGAUUGAGAGAGAAUUCUAUAGACUACAAAUACCAGUGAGAGGGGAGCUUUUAAAUGAAUUAUUAGCGUUAUUCAUGUCAGCUCAUAGACCAAAUUGGGUCAAUUAUGAACAGCUUUUGAAGUUUUUAAAUAAUGCUGUUCAGCCAGCAGCUACAAAAGAAUUUCGUGUCCCCAAGCUGGAUUUAACAUCAAAUCCUGGUGACAGACUGCAAGAGAAAAUAUCAGCUAAAUCUCCCAGGGAAAAAAACUUGCCAUUAAAACCAAAUCAAGUAUCUCCUAGAGCUGAUGAAUCACAGAAAGGUCGUCAGAGUGCAAUAGCUGUAAGAAAAGCUUUCCAAGAUAAGCAAGACACUGCAAUCUUGCUACAAAUUGAAGAAAUGCUCAAGGAAGUUGGUAAUGCACAAGAACAAAUUCAUACUUUAAGGAGAGCUUUGGAAGAACAGGAUGUGGCAAGAGCAGAGGUCAUAUCUACUCAGAAGGUAUGAUAAAAACAACAUUAAUUUUUCUGUAAACAACUGUUUCUUGCCUUAUAGGAUUUAACUAGAGAUACUCAACAGUGUAAAAAACAGUAUAAAAUAGAAGUUGGCAAUUGAGAUUAGCAGGUUUCAGAAGACCAGCAUACUGGAAGAAUGAAUUACUAACCAUCUUGACUUAGUUGUGAUAUUUGAUACUUGUCUCCCAACUCCCAAUAGUUUAAGGGGAAGAAUGUAAUUUGUGAUUCAGUGUAGUAUACAGAUGGUGUCUGGCGUCUUUUGUCUGGAGAUCAGGUUAUGUUGUAUUUCAUGCAUAGUCUAUAGGAAGAGGAAUGAGACUUGAUCAAUUUUCAAAUUUCAUUCUCACAAUGGCUACAUGUAUGUCAAAUAUCAAAGGAUAGAAUAAAUGUAAAAUGCUCAGCCAGAGUGUCAAGAGACUGACAAUGUUUCCCUUUUUCCAUUUAGUUGAAGACAAUUUGUUUGCGUCAUCACAUCCCUUUUCACAACUCCUUGUUGGAUAAAAUAAUUGACAGGCUUGACAGAUACAACUCAGGUAGAGUAAGGUAGGUGAUAGACAUAUUAUUAGAUGAAUAAAGUGUUAUAACUGCUUAUAAACAAUGUUAUUGUUAAACCCCAUUUGAUGUGAUAAUUGUCUGUAUUUUCCCUCAGCUGGUUUGAAUUCAUCUCCUUCAUUGAGCGGGCACUGCCUCUUCCUUCACCAAGUGUUGCCUCAAGUCCAAGCCCAAGUAGGAGUAGUUGUCAUGGUUUAGAGACUCCCCCUACGAGGCCAGUGUGGGAAACAAGACAGCCUCUUAAAGGAGUCAACAAAGAUAGGCAAGAUGGGCUGCAAGUUGAGAUGCUUGAGGAGCAACCGCGAAGUUUAGGUAACACUUUUGUCAUUGGAACUAGUUAAUAAAGUGAUUGUUGAAAGCAAAAUACUUUUUAAAUGCUUCAUAGCUUCCCCCAACCCCUUGCUGUAAGAGCCUCUGGCAUUCUGUCCUAAUUUUAAUUGAAGAUGAAAAGUAACUGUACCAAUACAGAAAAUCAGCACCUUACCACAGCCAUUCCCUGCUAAUUUUCUCCUUUUAAUAAUCCUGCAUAAUAGAAGACAAGGGGUUGCUCUGUAGCAACAUCAUGUCCUCCCAUACCUUUGUCCCUUUGCCCUUGUAACAAAACACUACAGAUAAAUAAUUUACUGGAAUGUUCACAUCUUUCUUACACUCUUUCUACACUCUUUCUUCCAGCCCUUAUAAAGUACCCAUUUCCUGCCCUCUUCUCUCCUGUACCCUCUUCACUCCUUGUUCUCUGUUGCAAGUUCUAACUGCCAUCCUGUCAUAUGUUAUAGGUGCAGUUUAUUGCCAAUUUUUCACACACUGCCCCCAAAUUUUACCUCCCUUUCCCCUUCCUGUAACAGCUAAGCUUUGUGUUGAAGAGUGUCUUUGUAUGUAUAUAUAGAGAUGUGUCCUAUAGAUAUGUUUUGUUUAUCUGAGCUGUUUUCUUUUUGUCAUAUUGUGAAAACAGGUCAAGAGGGAAGUGUGGUUGGUGAUAGACAACAAAAGGAUUCAUAUCAACAUCACAAAAGAGCUCCAAUGCAUCAGGUGUCAGAUGAGAGGGGUGGGGAUGAUUUUAACAUGUCACUGUAUGCUGAAGAUGAAAGAAGACAACUUGAAGACAGGCGAGAGGACUUGUUGAGGAAGCAGCAUGAAUUGAUUGAACAAAAACGGCAAAUUCAGAGAGAACAGGAAGAGAUUAAUCAAUUUAUUCAACAUCAGAAGGAGAAGCUGUAUGCAGAAGACCAUGAUUAUGACCCUCCACAUUAUGUGCAGAAGGAAAGUAAGGUUGAGAGAUUUAUGAAGCUAGCAAAUGCUCUUUAUGUUUGUGACCAGGAUCAGUCAGGUAAAUUUGAACACAAUAAUUCUCCUUACCAAUUUUUAAGGAAUUAUUUGCUGGUUAUUCUUGAAACUUUUCUUUUGUCAUACAAUAGUUAAUGUUCAGACAUAUGUAGAUUCCAUGUUGCUGUGUGUCAUUUCACAAAUAGUAGAUCACAGCUGACGUCAAAAUGUUGUGAGAACAAAAUGUGGCUCACAAUGUGCAGUCACCGUUGAUUUUCUUACCACACUUUAUGUCUUCUGUGAUCCAUUUCUGUACAUACUAAUGGCAACAUGUAAUUGAUUUUUUUAUGUGAUAAAAAAUAUGUUUUUAACCCUGUAACCCCUAAGAGAGACUGGCAUCUAAUUUCUCCUAACAUUAAAGUCAAGAGAAUAAAGGAACUGAUCACCAACUACAGAAGCUCUUGAUUGUUAGACAAAUUCUCCUUGUCAGCACCUUAGUAAAUGUACAGAGAACAGUAUGGAGAAUAUGAAUACUGAUGUUAGGGUGUAAAUGGUCAAUUGUGACAUCAUCUGUGCAUCUUUCCUUUGCAGAUCAUAAGUAAGAACUCAUCAAAUGAGUGUGUAUUUCAGCUUAUCGUGUAAACAAUAUUCUUCAAUUGACAAUUUCUGAUUUUUUCCACUCUGCUGGUAUUUAAAUGUGUAUUUCUCUCUUUGUUAUUUCGCUCUAAAUUUUUUUUUCUGUUAUUCUCAUGCAGGUCUCAUAGAGGCAGAUAUGGCUCGUCGAUUACUGAAUAACUACAACCUUGUUAAUCAACUGGACUUCUCUGCCCAGCUGAUUGAAAACACGAUCAAAAGUUGCUCAACCACAGAUGACAAAGUUAGUGUGGAUGAUUUGAUAGAUGAACUUAAGAGCCAUCUUUAAAAGAGGUGCUUGUUGAAAAAUGGUGUUCACUGCUGUGGUGUGUAAUGGGAUGAACAUGGUGCUUUCAUUUCAUAUGCAGAACGAUGCCUUUCUUCGUGUAUAACAUUGUUCUCGAGGUGAAAGAUUUCCUUGUCUCAGGAAAACUAGCAUUGAUAUUGCUCAAAUGCAGAGGUUUAAACAGAGUGACUGUUCAAAAACUUGUAAAUAUAGAGAGAAGACUGCUUUCCAAACAACAAGUCAACAAGUCAACAAAAAGCCUCCGAGGGGUUUGAGGGCCUGAUAAACCUAAGAAUAAGCUGAGAAUGAGUUGUACUUAUAAUACUUGUAAGACUUUUAUUUGUAUUCAUAUUCCCUUGAUCUUGUUAAUUUAAGUUUGGAGACAGGAUUUUUAGUAGAAAUUUAUUUAUUGUAAAUAAUGUUGUAUGUCCAUGUAUAUAGGUAUAUGAACAAAGGUACCAUUAUCCAUAUUGUGCUUGAAACAAGCCUAAAGAAUGCAGAGUCUGUAAAAAGCACCAUGCACUAGACAUUUAGAUAUAUUUAAAUGGGUAAUUGAAGUAAAACAAAAUUUGAAUGUUCUUCAAGCUAGUCAGAAUUAAAUUUGUUUAUGGGAUUACUUUCUUUGAAAGCCUUUGCAUUGGUGUCUUAUUUGAAAAUUUUUGAGAACAAGCAGUCAAAAAUUGUUAUAAGUGUUUGAUUUCAUUGUAAAAGUGGGACGUCCAUCCUCUGAUUGUCACCUAGCUCGCUUCCAUCAUCUUAGUAGAGGCAACCUGGUAGAGAAAGUUGAUUUGGAGGCAUAGGGGGAUGUCUUGCGUAUCAGAGUCAAGGAUCCCCGUGGGAGACUGGGCCAAGUUUAAUCUCGAGCUUGAGAAAAAGAUAUAGGGAGGGGACAAUCAUUGCACAUGCGCAAAUAUUAAUUGCCCCGAGACCGGUAAUUGGCGUGUACGAGCAAAUUUCCGAGUGUUCUCAUUUAUCUACGCCGGAAGUGCGUCUUCCUUUGCUCCGGAUGUGCGUUUUCCGACAAGACCGUACUUGCAAUUUUUGUUUCCGAUAAGAAAUAAGAUGUGACUGUGACCUUGUGAUUAUGAGAUAUCGAGUUAUUUUUUUGACGCAGAUUUGUGGUUCAACAAUCUUCAGCAGAUAAGUUUAUAACUUAACUAAAAACAUGUCCAUUUGGCGCAUACAGGUCAAGUUAGCUCCUGUUUCAACAGAAAUGAACCUGGGAUGAGAUUGUCUUUUUGCACACUGUAAAAGUUGACUUUAAACCUUCUUUGUCUUUAAGUGUCGCAAACACUGAACCGAUAAGAG